GAAGAAAAAGAAGAUUUAGAUCAGAAAAACAAACCACCAAAACUCAGGAGAGUUAAAAAGGAUAAAAACAGCGAUGGAGAGCUAUCUGAAGGAGCCCAUCCAUCAACACAGCAGUCAGGAAAACCCACUGAAGCACGGAAAGCUGAAGUACCUGAAAGCACAGAGGCUGCUGAACCUGCUGUCCCUGAAGCUUCUGCCCUCCCUAAGCAAAGACGGUCUGUGAUUAGAGAUAGAGGACCUAUGUAUGAUGAUCCUACUCUUCCUGAAGGCUGGACGAGAAAGCUGAAGCAGAGGAAGUCAGGGCGCUCGGCUGGAAAAUAUGAUGUUUAUUUGAUCAACCCAAGUGGAAAAGCUUUUCGGUCCAAAGUCGAGCUUAUAGCAUACUUCCAAAAAGUAGGCGACACAUCCCUCGACCCCAAUGAUUUUGAUUUCACUGUAACCGGAAGAGGAAGUCCUUCUCGAAGGGAACAAAAACCGCCGAAAAAACCCAAAGCUCCAAAACCCACCGGCACUGGCCGAGGAAGGGGAAGGCCAAAAGGCAGCGGGAAGGCAAAGCCAACAGUCAAGCUAGAGGGUGUUCAGGUUAAGAGAGUAGUUGAAAAGACUCCAGGAAAGCUUCUGGUCAAAAUGCCUUUAUCUGGAAAUAAAGAAGAACCUGAUGCAACCACAUCAGAACAGGUCCUUGUUAUUAAGCGUCCAGGUCGGAAAAGAAAAUUGGAAAUUGACCCGUCAGUAGCUCCGAAAAAACGGGGGCAAGCCAGGUAGUGCCAGUGCUGCUGCUGCAGCAGCAGCCGAAGCUGCAAAGAAAAAAGCAAUCAAAGAGUCUUCCGUUAAGCCCCUAUUAGAGACUGUAUUACCCAUAAAGAAACGUAAGACACGGGAAACUGUGUGCCUGGAAGUUAAAGACAUAGAGACCCCGGUGAUUCCACCUGCUGUCACCGAGAAGAGCGUGAAAGUACAGAACCCUGCAAAAAGCCCAGAAAGCAAAAGUAAAGAAAGUAGUCCUAAAAGCAAGAGCACUCUGCCCAAAAAGGAGCAACAGCAUCACCACCAUCAUCACCACCAUCACCACCACUCCGAAUCUAAGGCAUCCACAACUAGCCUGGAGCCAGAGACUUCAAAGGACAGCAUAAGUGCCCCGGAGCCACAGGACUUAAGUGUCAAAAUUUGCAAAGAGGACAAAGUACCCGAAAGCGAUGGUUGUACACAGGAGCCGCCUAAGACUCAGCCUGCAGAUAAGUGCAGAAACAGAGGGGAAGGUGAACGAAAAGACAUUGUUUCUUCAUCCGUAACAACGGCCGAGCAGGGAGGAACCUGUUGACACCAGAACACCGGUGACCGAAAGAGUUAGCUGA